AUGAAAAUAUUGAGCAAUUUGUUACUGGCAAAUUUAAAGAUUCAUGUUGAAUAUCAGAUUGCAGUUCAUAAUCAGGAAAAGCCAUCAUAUAGUGAAAACGUCUUGGCGAGAAUUAAGGAACUUGAUCAACUCACUUUUCAUUUAACUAUUCUAUUGGCAAGUCGACAUAAUUAUACAAACGAAUUGGAUCUUGAUCAAGCUAAUACUGAAUUAUCUUCUGAUAAUGAAUAA